AUGGAGCAGCUUCCGUCCGCGCGGUGUUCCGCCACGCUGGACGAGGCGGCACAGCUGCUGGGCGAUGCGCAGGUGCUCCUGCUUUUCACAGGCGCCGGCUUCUCGGCUGAUAGUGGGCUGGCGGUGUACGACGACGUGGCGAAGGUGAAGGCUUACCAAGACAGGAGCUUGGACUAUAUGGACCUCUGCGAUCCAAAGCUGGUACACCAAGAGCCACCGCUCUUCUGGGGCUUUUGGGGCCAAUGCUUCAACGACUACAGGACGACCGCGCCGCACCAGGGCUACGAGAUCCUCAGCCGCUGGGUGGAGCAGCGCUUCCACCACUCCGAGACCGCCCAGCGAAUGAGGGCGAUCUUGUCGAGCAGCUGCGAGACGAGCGAGUACACCUCUUUCGACAGCUUACCAGCUGAGCCAUACGAAGUCUCUGGGCACGCAGGUGCCUUCUAUGUCUUCACUUCCAAUGUGGAUGCCCAUCACUACGACUGGUUUCAGCCCUACGAGAUCCGUGAGUGCCACGGCAAUGUGGAGCUCUACCAGUGCUCCUUCGGCCGUGCGCGCUGCGGCCCAGGCCUCUGGCGCGCACCGCGCAGCUUCCGCUUCGCGGUGGAGCCCGGUAGUCUGCUGGCCUUUGCUGGGCCGGCCAUGGAAGAGGAUGCAGAGGCGGAGGUCCCUACGCCAGAAGCGUUGCGCCCAGCGGGCGCAGCGGGCGCCGCGGGCCCAGCGCUACGCCACGUGGGCGCGGUCGCCUCGGGCGCUGAACGGAGGAGCACCUUGCUGCGGUAUAUGCCUGAGGGGCAGACACCUGAGCACUUGCUGGCGAGGAGUUUCAGUGAGAACCACCCCAAAUGCGCACGCUGCAGGGCCGCAGCACGCCCUGCGGUGCUGAUGUUUGGAGAAUGGGGAGAUAAGGAAUGGCUGGAUUCGCAGGGCCAGGUCUCAAGAUGGAGCAAUUUCAUGCAGGGGCUUGGAGAAGUCGUGGCUGCCACAACCAAUUUGAGGUGUGUUCUCUUGGAGAUUGGUGCUGGAACUCGUGUGCCCACCGUGAGACAAACCUCUGAGCAGAUCCUGGAAGUCUUAUUAUCUGGUGGCGCAAAUGCCAAGCUUCUUCGGGUCAAUCCCAAAGAUGCCGAGCCCGAUGACGCUGACUUGGCUGAACACAUAUUGAGCUUCCAGUCGACUGGGCUGGAGUUUCUGAGGGCAGUGGAUGCAUUGCUGCCAGAGCACCGGAACGAUCCCGGCGCGGGAACGAUCCCAGCGCGGGAACGCGAGGAGCUGCAGCAGAGUGUCUUCCUUGGUGCGUCAGCCGCAGAAGUCAAAGGACCCGAGCAGCUCGGCUUGUCCGACAGCCAAAGUAGUGAGGCCACGUCCCAAGAACCGGAGGCCGAGUUGGACUCCGAGGCACGCUUGGCCGGGAGGGUCUAUUCCACCUCAGAGGAGAUUCUCUACUUGAAGAAGAACAUGGAGAACUUGCGAAAGCAGAAGUGUCAUUUGCAGCUCCAGGUGGAGAACAGUGAAGCCCGGCAGCGGACGGUGGAGGCCCAACGGCAGCAAUACCAGAAGCUCUACGAGGAGUCGCUGUCACAUGGGCCCUUCGCCCACCUGGGCGAAGGGCGUGGUUUGGAGAUCACCGCUCUGCAGCAACAACUGGCUGCGCUGUUGAUGCUCAAGGAUGCCUUGAACUCGGAGAAUGUCGAACUCCAAGCGCGCAUCAAGGGUUUGGAGGCGGAACGCUCCCGGCGCAGCCCUCCGUCGUCCUGCGUGAUUUGUAUGGAGAAUCUGGCGAAUGUGGUUUGCUUGCCGUGCAGACACCUGGCACUUUGCAGCUUUUGCAGCAAGCACACCUACGCAGCUGAGCGCAGCAGCUGUCCCAUUUGUCGAGCAACGAUCAAUGAACGGAUGCUCAUCUUCAUGCCCUGA